CCUCGCGCCAAACCAAGUUUGAAUAGAAUUCCCGCCGUGCCACUGCUGCUUUCAGCGCCGCGAGUGUCGAGUUGGAGAAUUAUCAGUAUUUUCUUGUCUUCAGCGGAGAGGUUUUUCUAGUCCACGUUGUCUGCAGGCUACCAGCAUGCAGAUCUUCGUGAAAACUUUGACGGGAAAGACCAUCACCCUUGAGGUCGAGCCUUCCGACACCAUCGAAAAUGUCAAGGCUAAAAUUCAGGACAAGGAAGGCAUCCCUCCAGACCAGCAACGCUUGAUCUUUGCUGGAAAGCAGCUCGAGGAUGGUCGCACCCUGUCUGAUUACAAUAUUCAGAAAGAGUCGACCUUGCACUUGGUGCUGCGUCUUCGUGGAGGUGUGAUCGAGCCCACCCUGAGGAUCCUGGCCAUGCGCUACAACUGCGACAAGAUGAUCUGCCGCAAGUGCUAUGCCAGACUGCACCCGAGGGCCACCAACUGCCGCAAGAAGAAGUGCGGACACACUAACAAUCUGAGGCCCAAGAAGAAGCUGAAGUAAACUUUGGCGCUCUUUUACUUUCACACGGCAACCACCGACAAGUCAUAUUAUUGUGCCAUCAAAAAGCUCUGGUCAUUUUGAGAAUACUCAAGCUAUGUUACCAAAUAAAACGACCCUAAGUUAUACAAUCUAAAA